AUGGCGGGCAGCGGCAGCUGGAAAACAAUUGCAUCAUUUACGACAACUACUCAUUUCGGCGUUAGUCACACCGGUGGUAUCUUCACGACGACGACGACGACGAACAUUGUCGCGCCUUCUGGUGACAUUAUAACUCGACAACCAGAGCUGGAUUCAACGAUUGUCGCCGACACAACGACCGUCUCAAACAUCAAUUUUGGCGUUUGGCUGUGUGGGGGAUGCGGCAUCAACGCGCAAUUGCACAACAAGGUAAAUGUGUGCGGUGGCACGGCGCUCAGCAUGGGCGAGAUGGUCCGCAAGAAUAGCCUUAUCGAACGACAACUCGAGAAGGAGAAGGUGCAUUUGAGGCGAACGCUGAAAAUCUUGCUGCUAGGCGGUCCCGAGUGCGGCAAAAGCACCGUGUUCAAACAGAUGCGCAUUCUUCACCUCAACGGCUUCUCCGAGCUUGAUUACGUCAAUUUUCGCUACCUCAUCUACAGCAAUAUUGUGCAAUCGAUGGAUCAGAUAUUGCGCGCCGCCGAGAAGCUCAAAUUCACGCCCGAUGAUAAUGAGGAAGUUCGAGCGGCUCUCAACUUUUUCGAAGCCUAUAAGAAGCAUGUGCGGCCGUCAGAAGUCGAGCUACCUCGCGAGUUGGCGAGCACGAUUCGAGUUCUUUAUGAUUCCGAAUUUGUCAAGGCGGUGCUCAGCCGAAAGAACGAGAUCGAUCUUAUGGAUUCGGCGACAUAUUUUCUUAACGAUAUUGAAAGGAUCGCGGCGCCCGACUUCAAAGCCACUCAAAUGGACGUUUUGAAGGCGCGCGUGCCGACGACGGGCAUCACCGAAAUCGAGUUCCCAUUCCGACAAGUCACACUGCGAAUGGUUGACGUCGGCGGUCAGCGAUCCGAGCAACGCAAAUGGAUACAUUGCUUCGACAAUGUCAACGGCGUUUUGUUCAUCGCCGAGAUCAGCGGCUACAAUCUCGUGAUGCAAGACGGCGAGAUCAAAGAGAAGGACGGCAGUCCGAAGAAUCGCCUACGAUACUCGAUGGAUCUGUUCAAGAGCGUCGCGAAUCAUCCAUGCUUCGGCAAAAAGACGGCGAUCAUUCUGUUUUUGAACAAAAUCGACAUUUUUCGCGACAAAAUCAACACGUACAAAUUGGAGACGUGCUUCAAAAAUUACAAAGGUUGCGCCCAAAAUUUCGAGUCAUGCGCCAACUAUGUGAAGGAGCGAUUCACCCGACAGGUCGGCUCAAGCAUUCAACACGAGAAGCCGGUGUACGCGCACUUCACCAACGCCACCGACACGCGCAACAUCGAUCACGUGUUCGACAGCUGCAUGGACGUCGUAUUCAAAAUCUCCAUGGAGAAGGUUGGAUUCAUUUUUGCGGUGUUCGAAAUUGCGAAAUGCGCCACGAAAGAGGCGACAAAGUCAGCACCAACAUCAAAAAAGAAUAAGAAGAAGAAGCAGAAGAAGAAGGCGCCGCCAAAAAUGGCGACACCAUCGCCAACCGUCAGCCAAUCGCCAAUGUUUCCGGCGGCGGUGACCAUCAGCGACGAAAAAAUAGCGGUGGCGGCAACGGCGGCGCCGCCACCGCCGCCACCACCAGCCGCUGUCGUCGUUGAAGCCGCGCCGGUGACGAAUAAGAAUCACGAUUCAGCGGAGACGGCGAAGAGCUCGAAGGCUGCCGCCAAAGAAAAAUCGGCUCCGCCGUCGGAUCAUCCACCGAAGACCGAUGAGAAGAAGGCGACGAAUGGCGAUGAUAAUUCGGAAAUCGAUUGGGGUCUCGGCCACCUCAAGAAUAAGCCCGAAGAGCCGAAGGCAACUCGACCAACAUGUUGUUUUUUGUAUUUCCAAAAAUGGUCUCUCUUUCAGACGGAUCUCGAAUCGCACGGCGAUGAUCUGCCGCCGGAAAGCGAGGAGCAGAAGAAGGAGCGAAAGCGGCGGAAGCGCGCCGAGAAGAACAAACUGCUCGCGCAAGCGCACCUCGAGAAAUCGGAUCGAGAGCUUUAUCAUGGGCAUUGA